CAUACAGGCUGUGUGCGAGGUACUCAGCGAUAUGGUACGAAACGGUUAAGCCAACGCUAUAACGUAAAACGUACGUAUUGACGUGAAACAAACCCCAGCAACUAUUCUACUCAAAUUAAUUUGUCUUGUACAGACCUAUCCAAGAUGGUGUUAGAAACGAUUUCCAGGAUUAUCAAGGUGCAGCUUCCAGCCUACCUGAAGAAGCUCCCUCUUCCAGAGACCAUCGGCGGAUUUGCAAGGUUAACAGUGUCAGAGUGGCUGCGGCUGCUCCCUCUGCUAGGCAUCCUGGCGUUAUUAGGCUACCUGACCAUCCGACCUUUCCUACCAAAGAAGAAGAAGCAGAGGGACAGCCUGAUCAACCUGAAGAUCCAGAAGGAGAAUCCCAAGGUGGUGAACGAGAUCGACAUCGAGGACCUGAACAGCGCCAAUGUCUGCUACUGUCGCUGCUGGCGCUCCAAAACCUUUCCUGUUUGUGACAAAUCCCACAUAAAGCACAACGAGCUAACGGGAGACAACGUGGGCCCCCUCAUACUGAAGAAGAAGAUCCUAUAAUACACCUGUGCAGCCGCCCCUGGUACUAACCUGUGUCUUCAGUCUUCUAGAUCAGAACUUUUUCAAUUUGUAUCUUUUUGUUUUGUUGUCAUCAUUUUAUUCUUAGUUACGUUAUAUACAUCACUGUUCCACAUGUUCAUAGAACGACACACCUUCUCUGCUUACUUUGUGCAUCUUAAUGUAAAUGCCUACAGGACGAUUCUUGCUGUUCCAAACUAUUGGGAACACCCAAAGGGGACAACUUAAAUGCAGUUCCAAUUGCUUGUUAUUGCCAAUGAUGAAUUUAAAUGUAGGUUUGUCUUAUUUUUAGAUAUGGACUUCCAAUGGGCUUUUGCACUACGUACUGUACAUUUCAUACUUUCUUUUCUUGUUUGAUAUAUUAUAUAAACAUGAGGAUUUAUUUAGAAUUUUUUAACAUCAACGACAGGGUUCAUUUGGAGUCUGCUUUAGGUCUUUACAUAAAUAUACUCUUAAGUUAUUGCUUGAAUCUACUCCAUAUUUUCAUGUCCUUAAAAAUAUAGAUUUGUUUACAACCUAUUGUCAAAUGAGUUGCCUUCAUCACUUGGUUAAGUUUGUCAAACUAUUUUGUUUUUACUAUCAUGACUAAUGACUGGAAGAAACCGUUAUUCCAAAUUAGUGAUUUGUGUUUCCAUGCAUCUUACUUUUGUCUUGCAGUCGUUCAGUUAAAAUUUCGCUGUAAGUAUUGUCAUCGUCAAAUCAACACAUGUAGAUAACUGGUAUUGUAGCACUUUUAUUUUCUUAUCGACAAAAUAAAGAUCUGGCCAUUUCUAAAUGAA